UCCGUUUCUUAAAAAUAGAACUAAACUCAUCUGUUCCGACAAGUGACCGUAGAAUCCAUUUUUUAGUUUCUUCAAACAACCGAAAAGAAUAUUCGAGAAUAAUUAUAAUUAUUUUGAUCAUCAAAUGAAUAUUAUGCAUGUACAGAUGAAUUUAUUAUGAACUAUUUGCUUCUACAAAAAAAAUGAAUAACAAAGAAAUUCCAUCUACCAAAAUUGAACCUAUAAUAAAACCAAAAUGUAAUCUUUUUGAAUUGGUACAAUAUCAAUGUAUUAUUAAGGAUGAUCGAGUUAUUUGUUCACCAUUUGUUAGGAUUUUUAAGAGGUGUGCCGGUAAACCAACUGUUGAAAUAACGCCUUAUUACAAUGAUGAAGGAUCUCCUAUUGAGCCAAAGAUUUUCAUCUAAUAAAUUUUAUGUUUUUCAUGACAAAGUAUUAAAGAAAUUGAUCAUGCUCUAGAUGUUGAUAUUUAUCUAAAAAAAAAAAUGAUUUUCUAAUAGACAAUACUACAAACUAUUUAAUUAUGUAUCUUAAACGAGUUUAAGUUGAGCAAGAAUACCUUAAAGUUAAUAGAGAAAAAGAAUAUUAGUGUUAUCAAGACAUUCAUAAAUAAAAUUAGAAAUUAUCC